ACUUUCCUCAAUCAUCCCUCUUUUUUAAUUCAAUUUUAUGCCAUAAUAAUUAUUAUAUUAUGCCCUAAUUUAACUAUUUCUACAGCAAUCGUCAAAUGUCUGCUCAACUCUAGUUACUCAUUCUGUCUUCUUCUUCAGAUCUGUGCUGACAUUUGGUAACUGAUCUGGACCUGAUUGGCGGUGUCAAGUUUGUUAAUUCAUGAGUGAAAUGGAAGAGAAAGAGGGAUCUUUAGGCAAGGUCCCGGCUUCUGAGAAUGUUAAAGCAACAACGAGAAGUGUUAUUAAACCAACCGUUUCAUCAUCUUUGAAGUCUUCCGGGUCUAGUUCUGGACCCACCCGAAAGAGGAUUGAACCCAAGAUUGUUUCUAAUGUGGUCAAACCGAGUCCGAGUAAACCAAACACGGAUCAUAGUCUUACUACUUCUAAUGAUGCUUCUGCGAUUAGAAGGAAUAGCACCGGGAGUUCACAAGAAAAACAAAAUUCAGUUAAGAAACCGACCAGCAGUGCUAGUUCAGCCACAAAAGAGCCAUUAAGACGGUCUCUUCCUGAACCCCGUAGGAGCUCACUACCUUCGCCAGCUGGCAAAGCUUCGGGUCCUUCUUCUCCUGUUGUUAGAACUCCUAGAACCAUGGGCAGUAGUGUCAAAUUGUCUUCCUCACCUUCUUCAUCAUCAAGAGUUCCUACAACAUCUAUUGACAGCAUUGAGAGUAGCACAGAGAGGAAGUCAAAGUCAAAGUCAAACCUCUCUUCAACAACAAUUUCUAGUGGAUCAAGAUCCGGAUCUUUAUCAUCCUCCCGAGAAAGAAUGUCGACUGCAUCGAGUCUUAGGAAAGCAGUAACUCCUGCAUUUAAGGUUUCUCGUUUGAUCAUGCUUCCACAAGUUGAGACCAAAGCUGGCGACGAUGUGAGGUUGGAUCUUAGGGGUCACAGAAUCCGUAGUCUGAAAGCUAGUGGGCUGAACUUGUCUCCUAAUUUGGAGUUUGUUUAUCUCAGAGACAACCUGCUAUCAUCCUUAGAAGGCAUUGAAAUACUGAACCGGGUGAAGGUUCUUGAUUUGAGCUUUAAUGAAUUCAAAGGGCCUGGGUUUGAACCACUUGAAGCCUGUAAAUCCUUGCAGCAACUCUAUCUUGCUGGAAAUCAAAUCACAUCACUCAAGUCUCUUCCUGCACUCCCAAAUUUAGAGUUCCUAUCGGUUGCACAAAAUAAGUUAAAGUCUCUUUCAAUGGCAAGUCAGCCACGGUUACAGGUAUUAGCUGCUAGCAAGAAUAAAGUUUCAACACUGAAGGGGUUUCCAUGUUUACCAUCACUUGAGCAUUUACGGUUAGAGGAGAAUCCUAUACUUGAGAUGGCACAUAUAGAAGCAGCUUCUAUUUUGCUUGUUGGCCCAAGCCUGAAAAAGUUCAAUGAUCGAGAUCUUUCUCCCAAAGAAAUUGCAAUUGCAAAAAAUUAUCCUGCACAUACAGCAGUUUGCAUUGCAGGAGGUUGGGAGUUUUGCAGCUCUAAACAAGCCCUAGAGUCAACUUUUAAUUUCCUGGUGGAACAAUGGAAAGACCAUUUUCCUCCUGGCUACAUGCUCAUGGAAGCUUCUGUUGAUCAACCAUUUGAAGAAGAUGCUUGUAACUGCCACUUUCUUUUUACCAAAGAUAAAACUCUAAAUGAAGAUUCAGAAUUAGUCUUGAAUUAUCAAUGGUUCAUUGGAAGCACAAGUCUUUCAAACUUCACCCCAAUUCCGGAUGCUACUGCUGAGGUAUAUUGGCCAAAACAUGAUGAUGUGGGCAAGAUUUUAAGGGUUGAGUGUACACCUGUACUGGGAGAUACUAGUUAUUCAUCUAUUUUUGCUAUAUCAUCACGCGUUUCUCGAGGAACCGGAUGCCCAAAGGUUCUUAAGCUUGAUGUGUGUGGAGAAUUAGUAGAGGGAAAUAUACUUACAGGCCACCCAGAAAUUGCAUGGUGUGGUGGGACCCCAGCAAAAGGCAUUUCCAGUUGGUUAAGGAGAAGAUGGAAUAGUAGUCCUGUGGUAAUUGUCGGUGCAGAAAAUGAAGAAUAUCAAUUGACUCUAGAAGACGUUGAUUCAUGUCUAGUGUAUAUGUACACUCCUGUAACAGAUGAAGGAACCAAAGGAGAACCUCAAUAUGCAAUCACCGAUUAUAUAAAACCUGCUCUACCGUCUGUUAAUAACGUCCAAAUAGUUGGAGAUAUUAUAGAAGGAAAUACCAUUAGUGGGGUAGGUGUGUACUUUGGUGGAAAAGAAGGACCAAGCAAAUUUGAAUGGUUGCGUGAGAAUAAAGACACAGGAGACUUUGUCUUGGUGCUAACCGGCACGAAUGAGUAUAUUUUGUCCAAGGAAGACGUUGGUUUGCGUUUGGCUUUUGUAUAUCUUCCUGUAAAUCUUGAGGGCCAGGAAGGGAAAUCUACUUCAGCACUGUCCCCAAUAGUCAAACGAGCGCCACCAAAAGUAACAAAUCUAAAGAUAAGCGGUGAUUUAAAAGAGGGAAGUAAGAUUACAGUAACCGCGAAUGUAACUGGAGCUACAGAAGGAUCCAGCAGAGUUCAAUGGUUCAAAACAUUUUCCUCCAUUCUUGAUGGUGAAAAUGGUCUUGACGCACUAAGCACUUCCAAAUUGGCCAAGGCAUUCCGUGUACCUUUAGGAGCUGUUGGAUACUACAUUGUUGCAAAAUUCACUCCUGUGAACACAGAUGGUGAAUCUGGUGAACCAGCAUACGUUAUAUCCGAUAGAGCAGUUGAAACUCUUCCGCCGAAUUUAAAUUUCUUAUCCAUAACUGGCGACUACACUGAAGGUGGUAUACUGACAGCAUCUUACGGGUACAUAGGAGGUCAUGAAGGAAAGAGUAUUUACAAUUGGUAUCUUCAUGAGGUUGAAACUGACCCUGGUAUUUUGAUACCUGAGGUUUCGGGUUGUCUUCAGUACAAUCUCACUAAAGACGCUAUAGGUAAAUAUAUCUCAUUUAGAUGUACUCCCUUGCGUGAUGAUGGGAUUAUGGGGGAAUCAAGAACUUGCAUGGGUCAAGAACGUAUUCAGCCAGGAAACCCUAGAUUGCUGUCUCUACAAGUGGUUGGGACUGCAGUUGAAGGCACAACAAUACAUGUUAACAAACAAUAUUGGGGUGGUGAAGAGGGAGAAUCUGUUUUUCGCUGGUUCAGAACAAGCUCAGAUGGCAUGCAAAAGGAAGUUCCAGAUGCUGCCACAUCAUCAUACAUGCUUUCAGCUGAUGAUAUUGGCUUUUUUGUAUCCGUGUCAUGUGAACCUGUGAGAAGGGAUCGAGCCCGUGGGCCAAUUGUAUUAUCUGAACAGAUUGGACCAAUAAUACCGGGACCACCGACUUGCCAGUCACUCGAGCUUCAUGGGUCAUUCGUGGAAGGAGGACGUUUAACCUUUACUGCAUCUUAUAGUGGAGGGGGGAAAGGAGCUUGCUUCUUUGAAUGGUUUAGAGUGAAGGAUAAUGGUGGCAAGGAGAAACAACAUUCUGAUGCAGAGCAUUUGGAUUUGACUUUAGAAGAUGUGGGAGGAUGUGUGGAGCUUGUUUAUACGCCUGUGCGUGAAGAUGGGCUUAAAGGGUGCCCAAAGAGCAUUGUAUCUGACCCAAUUCUUCCAGCUGACCCUAUGGGUGUGGAACUUGUAAUUCCGGAUUGCUGCGAGGACAAGAUCGUAAUUCCUCAUAAAACGUACUUUGGUGGAGAAGAAGGGGAUGGAAAGUAUAUUUGGUAUAAAUGUCUCUCCAAGAUUGACGCAUCCGCUCUCAUGGAUAUAUCAGAUUCUUGUGAAGAUGUAACUACAUGCGCGCAAACAUUAACAUACACUCCCUCACUGGAAGAUGUGGGUGCUUAUUUGGCAUUGUAUUGGGUCCCGACCCGUGCAGAUGGAAAAUCCGGUCAACCGGUGGUGUCCAUUUGCAAAAAUCCAGUAGCUCCAGGUUUCCCUGUAGCUUCCAGAGUCAGCGUGAAGGCGUUAUCGUUAUAUAGUUAUUCUGGUGAAGGAAUAUACUUUGGUGGCUAUGAAGGAUCAAGCAUCUUUAGUUGGUUUAGAGAAAAUAUGGACGGAACAAUUGUUCCUAUUAACGGUGCUAACUCUAAUAUAUAUGAAGUUACCGAUGAAGAUUACAAUUGCAGAUUAAUUUUUGGGUAUACACCAGUUCGUUCCGAUUCAGUUGUUGGAGAGCUGAAGAUGUCUGAGCCAACUGAUGUCAUUCUCCCAGAACUUCCAAGAAUCGAGACGCUUGCUCUUACUGGUAAGGCAGUUGAGGGUGAAGUACUAACUGCUAUCGAAGUUAUCCCUAAAAGUGAUGCUCAACAAAAUGUUUGGCAAAAAUACAAAAAGCAUGUCAGAUACCAGUGGUAUAUUUCUUCUGAAACUGGAAGCACUCACUUUGAGCCGAUACAAUCACAAUGUUCUUGCUCAUAUAAGCUUCAAUUUAACGACAUUGGUUGUCGCUUCAAAUGCGAGUGUGUCAUGAUAGAUUCAUUUGGAAGAUCCAGUGAACCGGCAUAUUCAGAAACUGCCCCUGUUUCCCCAGGAAUUCCUAGAAUAGAAAAGAUGGAAAUUGAAGGUAGAGGGUUCCAUACCAAUUUAUACUCGGUUCGUGGUAAUUAUAGCGGAGGAAAGGAAGGAAAGAGUAAGAUCCAAUGGCUGAGAUCAAUGGUUGGCAGUCCAGAUCUAAUUUCUAUUCCAGGCGAGACAGGAAGGAUGUAUGAAGCAAAUGUUGAUGAUGUGGGCUACCGAUUGGUUGCUAUUUAUACUCCGAUUAGAGAAGACGGCUUUGAGGGCCAUCCUGUUUCCGCUUCAACUGAACCAAUAACUGUUGAACCUGAUGUUCUUAAAGAAGUAAAACAGAAGCUUGAUCUUGGGUCUGUUAAGUUUGAGGCAUUAUAUGACAAGGAUAAAUCCUCAAAGAAGGUUUCCGGGGCGGGUGGUCUUGAAAGAAGAAUACUGGAAGUUAACAGAAAACGAGUUAAAGUUGUGAAACCUGGUUCCAAAACAUCAUUCCCGACAACCGAGAUUCGUGGAAGCUAUACCCCUCCAUUCCAUGUGGAGACUUUUGGGAACGAUCAACACCGGUUACGGAUUGUUGUUGAUAGUGAUAAUGAAGUAGACUUAAUGGUUCAGACCCGACACUUAAGAGAUGUGAUUGUGCUAGUGAUUCGCGGGUUUGCUCAAAAGUUCAACAGUACAUCACUGAAUUCCCUCCUCAAGAUUGAUUCAUGAUCAAGUGAUCAAAUCUUUGUACAUUUGAACCCAUACUGAUUGUUAUUUGCCCUUAGUUUCUUGAUAAAUAUCCCAUUGGAAAAAGAAAGUAGUAGAUAUAUGUCCAGAUAUCAUGUUGGAUAUAUAUGUUUUUUUUGGAAUACAUGUGUUCAUUUGUUCUAUAUAUUUACUGUGUGGUUUGUUUUUUUACCUUUUUUAGAUUCCCUUUGUACAUUUUUUGUCUUGUAACAUUUUGUUGAUGUUACCAAGUGUAGAAGUGAUUCAAUUAA